AUGGAGACUGCUUUCAAGGCAGAUGCUUGCAGCCUUCAGGGAGGAACAAGCCUGCUGGAGGGCGUCUUGCCCUCCAAGGACUGCCUGGGCAUUCCCAGUGUGGACCUCUCGAAUAGCAAGGACGCGCCAUUCCUCAGGGAGGCAGUGCAAAAAGAGAAGCAGUUCUGCUGUGUGCUUGCUUGCUCUCCUUAUGAAGGAGGUGGCCAUGGAGCUGUUGCCCUGCAGCUGCUGAAGACCCUUCACAGGGCAAUUCACAGAGCGGUGGGGAUUCCCUGGAUGGCACAGAUCCCUUCCUUGCUGCAGUACCUUGAAGGAAAAGAUGAGAGCUCCCUGGACUAUGCAGAAUGGGAGUGCCGUCUGCUGCAGUUCCUGAGAACAUCUCUGGAAGCCAUAAAGAAUGAGACCUGGAAUAUGAAGCUGAAUGGCGAGUUAACUCAGCAGAUGGCCCACUAUCCAAACUUUUCCAAGGAGAAGAAUUUCCUCUAUAAGGCUGUGGGGGGAGCACUGGCAGCGUCUCAGAACAUCAGCUACAUUGAAGAACAGCUGCAGAGCUACUUGGAAAGAGUCAGACGUCUGGAACCUUCUGAGAGAGAGGGACCGAUUUCGGUGUUAGCAUCCUCUGCUGAGGGCCACUUCGACCUGGCCUUGAAGACAGUCCACGACUUUGCUGCUGCUGGGGAGAAUAGGAGACUUCCUAGGGUCUUCACCCUCCAGAAGGAGCACCAGAAGGAGAACGGAGCAAAGACAGCUGCUGCUGUCAUGCUCAUCUACAGUAAAAUAGCACUCCACGCACCCAAGCAGCAGCUUCUUGCCCGGGUCGAGACGGACAUUGUAGAGAACAUCCUGUGCCAGUACAGAACCAGCCCUCAGGACACAGAACUCAAGCUGGCCCUAAUCCAGAGUGUCACAGAAGUCAGCUGCGCCCUUCAAGGCGUUGGCACCUGUGAGAACUUCAGCUUUGCUUCGAAGAGGGUGCUGCUGGAGAUUGUGCUGGACUUCAUGAAGCAGGAGCCCCUGGAUUGCGUGGCUUCUCCCGUUCGCUACAGGGCAAUUCUUGCGGUGGAGCACUUGAGCAAGAUCAAGCCAUCUCUGACCCAGAAGGAAAACUGUCAUCUUCUUCAGGAGUGCUUCCGAAGCCUAUUUCCCCUUCCUCCCCUUGAGCAGACAAAAGAAGGGGAGGCAGCAGAUGAUGCUGAGCAUGCAGAGGCUCUCUAUACACGAUCCCUGGAAGCUCUUGCUCGCCUCGUGACAAGUCUUGAGGAAGAGCUGACCUUGUCAUGGCUCAAGGAAACCUUUCACCUCCUACAGGCCUGGCUCCGUUCUGGGAAAGAGUGGGAGAGAGAGAGGGUCCUUUAUGCCUGCACUCAUCUGCUAAAGACUUACACCGAGAGACUGGAGGAUGCUAGAGAAAACUCUUCUGAGCAGUUUGGCUCCAUGAUUGGAGUGCUGGGGCCUCUCAGCUGUGACUCCCUGGCCACAUCACGCCAGCGGGCAGUCGACUGUAUCAGCUGCCUUCUCUCAACACAAGGCAAGGUUAUGCACACAAGGGAAGUGGAUCUGAAUCACUUCUGUGAGGAGCUGAUGGCCGCAGAUGUGGAUUCGCUGCUGAGGACCUCUUCCAAAAUCGCAAAGGUUGCAUGCAAAUCCUUUUGCUCAGAGCAGGCAAGAGGCUUUCUGAAGGCUGUCCUGGGCAGCAUGCUGUCCUUCAGCCCCACUUGUGCUCGGGCAGCAGGCGAGUGGAUGCUCAUCUUCCUGAAGGAAUGUGGAAGAGAAAUGUUGCUGGAGGUGCCAGAAAUCCUGACAAUCCUUUACGAUCAUCUGCCAGCUGCUCAGCAGGGCAGCCUGAAGGAGUUCCUCUUUGAGGCAGUGUCUGUCCUGGGCUGCUAUCACCCUGAGGCAGUAACCAACAGCCUCCUCCAGAGACACCUGCCCAUGGACAGUGAUACCGUGGAGCUGUGGAGGACUCUUGGCAGAGGCAUCUUUGCAAUUGAAAUGCUCCAGUUGCUAAUGGGCAAACUGGAGAGCGCUGAAGACACCCCCGCCAGAAGCAACUGCCUCGAUGAGGAAGGGAGCGACAAUCUGGCUGCGCUGGAGCCUCUCAUGGUAACCUGUGCCCUCCGUGAGCUGGUGUAUUCCCUGGAGCCCCGGGAAAGUGUGUCUCUCCUGCUGCCACGGCUGUUUCCAAUGCUGCUGAAACAAAUCAGCAACACUCUUGGAAAGGAGCUGCCUUCAUCUGCAGGAAGAGUUGAAGACGAGCCAGUCCUUGUGGCAAGUGGUGAAGGCAGCAGUCCUUGCAGGCUUUCCAUCAAAGCAUUAGAUACUGUGCUCUGCAAGUGCAUCAGUGAGAAAUGCAUGGGGAUUCUCCGGAAGCAGAACACAUGGGCUUUUCUUGAAAAUCCCCGGACAUACCAUGAGGGCAUGUGUCUGCUGACUAGUGUUCUCCUCCAAACUGAUGUGGUCACGGUGACCACCAUACGUGCUGUCUUGCCAUGGCUGGACUCGCCAUCAGCAAACCUGAGGAUCAUGGCAGCAUCUUUCUUUGCUGAGCUGAUGAAGGCGCCAAUGCUUCAGAAGUGGAAGCUACUUCAGCCUGUCCGCCGUGCAUUGGUGGACAAAUCCCUGGAUGCCAGCAGCACUGUGCGCCGGAUGGCAGUGAGGGGCCUGGGCAAUCUGGCCAGUGGAGCACCUGAGAAGCUGAGAAAGCACAAGAAGGCCAUUCUGAAGGCGUUAAUGAGGGCCAUCAAGGACGUCACCUCUUCUGAGAUCGUGGGCGAGAGUUUGUCAGCUCUGGCGAAAGUGGUGGCAGAGCUGGGAGAGAAGGACAUUGGAGUCACCUUUAAAGAAAUCGCCCUUUAUACCAAGACUUUCUUUGAUGUCGACGAGGCAGUCCUUCGUUCCUCAGCCUUCACCUUGUAUGGAGUCCUGGCCUCCUCUGCCAAGAGGAAAUGGAAAUCUUUUCUCGGCAAAGAAAUUACAACUUCUACGUGGACCAGAAUUAUGCUCCAUCUUCAGGACCCAGAUCCAGAAGUUUGCAAUGCCUGUCGAAGCACUUUCCUGCUCUGCACUCCAUUCCUGGGCCUGCAGAAGCUGCAAACCCAAGUUGCUCUGAACACCGAGAAGAGUGCAGAAGAGCUCCAGGAAGCUGUCUGCAGUCACCUGGCCAGAGACAUGCCAGAGCUUCUGCAAAGCGUCUAUGGCACCCUCCAGACCUACUUCUGGAGCUCGUGUUGGGGGAUGCGGACUGCAGCCAUCCAAUUAGCUGGUAAGAGACAAAGCUGA